UACAGUGUGGCUGAAAGGAGAGGAAAAUCAGAUUUUCCUCGUCGUGUGCUCGAGACCAGCCAGUUCGGUUGGCGCCUUCGUGAAGGCAUCAUCACACUACAGGAGAAGUAUCUUGCAACUUAGUGUGUUAUCAUACAACGGGAUAUUAACAUUUUUCUUUAUCUCCUACUAUACAUAUAUAUAAGAGAAAACUAUAUACAAUCAUUGCGGAAUCGUGGUGAAGCGGAAAAUCUUGAGAAAUAUAUCAUUUGAUGGAAAAGUAGCGCGUGAGAGUUGAAGUUGUCAAGUAAAAUUUACCUUGUAUUGCUGAGAAGGACACACAAAUGUGAGAAAAUCCAUACUUGUGCGACACAGUGUGUGUGUGUGUGCUCUUUUUUCAGCCCUCAGUGUUUCUAUUUGUGCAGAGUACACAAAAGAAAAGUGCUCUCAAAUGAAUAUCACAGUGGGAAAUGAUCUCAUCCGCAGAUGGAGCAUUCGCCUUGAGUGGAUUUCCCACGAAAAUGCUUGAAUAUUCCGACAUUUAAAGCGAGAACUGAUUCGGUAAAACUGCGAUAAAUGUGAAAAGGGAGAAUAAUUGUGAGCAGAUGAACCCUGGAAAUUCUAAUGGUCUGACAAAUGUGGCAUAUAAAAAUUCAAUAAUUCCAUAAAGUUCUUUUUGUCUUAAUUUCUCUCGAAAAAAAAGAGAACAGUGUGCGUAAGUGGGCUUUGCCAAGUAGUGGGUUGGUGACGACGAAGAAAGGAUGAAAAAAAUGAUGAAAAUGGUAGUGAAGCAGAGAAAAGAGCAGAAGAACUUGUUGUGUAAAGUGUUGAAUGAAUUUCAUUCUUGCUGUUGACGAAAAAGUGUCUAUUUUUAAAACUCAAGUUAUACACUGAAAACGCAAAUCAAUGGCAAUUUCGGAAGAAGCGCCCAUCAGUGACAAUUUCUAAAGUGUGGACACGGAAAAAAGGUGAAUUUAUCUUUUACAAAAGGCGAAAGAGGGAAAGGACAAUUUAAAAGAGUGAAUUGAGAAGGAAAAAAAUAAUCACAAUAAAAGAAUAUACUUUAAAAUAGCUUUAAAUCUUGUUAUAUUGCAAAAAGAGAAAAAGAAUAGAUGAAGAUGAUUAUAUAUAUUUACAUUAAAUAUUUUACCAACUAAGGUCAUAUUGAUAAUAAAGAGAAAAUAAUCUUAAACUCAAAGACUACCUAUACUAAAAACCUUACAAAUACUAAUGAGGAUUACGCAUAACGUCUAAGAAAAAUAUGUGAUAGAAAGUAUGUGAUUAGUGCUAUUUAUUGAUAAGCUGCUGACAAGUGAGGGAGAAUUACUGUACGAGACAUGAUUACAAGUAGUAUAUUUGAGGAAAAUAUACAAUUAAGUUGUGAUUACUUCUAUUCUAUGAAUAAAUCAUUUCAAUUAAGCUACAGUGAAUUAAAGUUUCUCUAAAACGAAUCGAAUAUAAUACUCUUUGUGAAAUUUUGUUUUUGAUAAAAUCUUAUGUGAGAAUAUAUGUAAAAUAUAAAUACGAUAUAAUAUAUAUGUGAAUAUAUACAUAGUUCGCCACUGCCAAUUUUCUAAUAAAUCUUCUUUUAACACAUAAGCAUAAAUAAGCAUUAAAAGACACUGGCAGAGGAAUCCUCUCAAGUUUAUGAGAUCGAGAAUCGAGAGGUGGAAAAGGAACUCAAGUGUAAAAUCGGAUACCCUCUAUUUACUUAUCAUUUCGCUGGUAGUGAAAAGGAGGUGAACCAGUUCUUUUCCUGCUUCUUUCUCCCUGACGACUCACUAAGAGAGAGAGAGAGUGACGAUGGUGCGCGAAUAGAGUGAGAAGGGAGAGAAAUUGGAAAAGUUGUAGUAUGUGAAAUAAUUAGAAUUUAUAGGACUUACGUAUAUAUGAUAACACUUAAAAAAAAAGAGAUACGUACUCUAAGAACUUAUAAAGGACUAUUAUAAUAAGAGAAUAUUUAAUCUUAUUAUAACAUAACCAAUCUACGAUUCUUCCGCUUUGUAUACAAAAAUCGCCUGAAAUAUUUCUUAUACAAGAAGAACAUUGCAAGAGGGAAAAAAACUAAGAUAUUUAGUAGUGCUAUCGAGGAAGGAGAGGAAAUAGUCGGAGGAGUGCGAGAGGUGAUAUAAAAUGAAUUCAGCUUCAAUCCAAAUUGCUGUGGCACAAACGACACAGACUGCGUCUCCCACGUCACCAUCGCCAUCAUCCGGACAAAUAUCACAAAAGGAUUUCCUCGAGGAGCCAUUGCCGAGGCAGAAUAGUUUGGGCGGCAGCAACAGACACAGGGGUGGCGGUGCCAAGGGUAAACAUCUAACACGGAGUCAUGCUAUGCGUGAAUCAACGUCACCACCACGAACACCGACACCACGAUCUGACUUGCUGACGAGCACCGCGUCCUCGCCAAUGACUUCAUCUGGCGCGCCAGUGAACACGGCAAGUGUGUCGUCGUGCGACACAACUCCUGCCACAUCGAGUGAAUCUCGCCUCCAUGUACAAUCAUCAGCCACAUCGACAUCACCCACUUCGGGGAGUCCGUCCCCCAACGUUCACGAUACGCCAUCCGUUAUUGUAACGCAGCAAUCUCAGCAGCAAUCGCAAGUGUCACCGCCGAUCAUCUUCUCCAUGGAUGACGGGGGUCGGAGUCAACUGGACGUGGACUUUCCCAAAUUGACGCCGCCAAAGUCCAAGUCGCCGCGCAACGCGGGCGACAAGGCGAGUGUGGGUCAGCAGAUGAGCCCCAAGGCGCCCAUGAGCAAUCACACGAGCAGUGGCACGAACACGGAGACCAUCAGCAUACCCAGCCACCAUCAUCAUCCUCACCAUCGGCACCAGCACUCUCCGGGCAGCGUGUCGCCGUGCUCGCAGCACUCGAACAGUGCCAUUGUGGAUACUAGUCCGGCGCCCUCGCCGCAGGGGCCGCAUUCCUAUGAGAAGGACAGCCGGGGAGUGCGCGAUGGGCAAUGCAAUUACGAGGGUGAGAGUGGCGAUAGUCCACCGGACGGACCGGCGGGUGGACGUGGCAAUUCCGAGCGUGGCGGGAAGAAGCACCGCAAUGGUCCAAGUGCCAAAGGUACGAAGCCACGACUCAAGGCAAUGGGCUCCUCGUCCAGUGCAGAGGGGAGUGGUGCGAGUGGAAAUGGAGGCUGUGCUGGAGUAGAUAACUUAUCGGAACAAUAUACUGAUCAAAAUGGAGUGGAUCUGAUACAGUUCUUCAAGGAGACGCUGAAUAAGAACAUAAAAGACAGAACAAUGUUGCUUCGCAUAGAAAAGGAGUUACUUGCCUUAGUGUAUGACAGAUCUCGUAGUCAGAUAAAAUUCCCUCCAGCAUCGUCAUACAACAGAAUGCUAAUUCACCGGACAGCCGCCUAUUUUGGCAUGGACCACAAUGUCGAUGCAACCCAGACCUGUGUAAUAGCCGAAGUUACCAAGAACACGAGAGUUCCAGAAAUCCGCUUCGAGACGCUCAUUCGCGACAUUGAUGAGCCACGCAAGUCAAUUCUGAAGCGAGAUUCACACAGCUUCGAUGAGUAUCGUCAGGGUUUGCUGCCGUGUCCGGAUCGUGCGAUGCUGGAUCGCAAAUCGAAGAGCUUCGAGGAGCGCGAGGAGGAGUACGAGCGCGCGCGAAGGAGGAUUUUCAAGGACCGCGAUGGUGGUGAGUGCUCAAUGGAGGAGCAACACUGGCCAUGGUCGAGCUCUGAGAGCUCAGAGAACUCUGGCAGGCACAAAAUGGCCCAAAAUAAUCGCCUCCUGAAGGUUCAAUCUCUGUCGGUGGACACCAGAGGUGAUGGACGCCCGUGUGUGUCGAAAUCACACAGCUUCGGCGGGUAUGGAGGUCCAUUGCAGUCCACAGCACCGCAUGGCCAUAAUUUGUCCCGUGGUGAUUCGGUGACGUCUACCAAGAGUGCAGGACCGCGACUGUUUUCCAAGCAGGACUCCGUUGGCAGCACAAACACACCCUGGAGGUGUUCGCCGUCGAGCAGUGGAUACAAAACACAAACACAAUCUCUUCGUUCUGAUUCCAUAACACCGUCACCGACUGGUUACGGUAGCGGCGAUCACACGCCUGAGCCACAAUCCGUGCUCCCGUCGCCAGCUGCCCGCGGUGUCGUGUGGGCCGUGACGGAUAUGGCCAGUGUGCCGCGCGGUAGUGUCCUCAUUGAUCCGCAAACACUGCAGCCCAUUGUCAAUCAGGACGGUUCACUGUAUUUAUUUGAUCCGUCAAAUUUGCCACCAGGAAAUCUUCACAAUAACAAUAACAAUAAUAUAAUGAUAAAACCUCCAACACAUGUGCCACGAAGCAAGAAGUAUGACAAGACAAAGACAUCAAUGAGGAACAAUGAGAAUUGUGAUGGCAAUGAGAGUAAUAGUUUGACGCACAGCGUUAUUCUGGAGAAUCAAACGAUAAACUCUUCCACAGAAGAUUUAACUAGUCCCCAAAUUGAGGAGGAGGAGGAUGUCGAUGUCAGGCAAUCGGAGAUUCCGGCACAGCAACAGCAUCAGGUGGAUGAUCUCAAAUCGCCGCAGAAAAUGCAGAAAAGUCAAGCGACUAGUCCAAAUAUUCCCAUACAAGAGGUGGUGACUCUUCAAGAGGUGGCAGUGAAUGAAGUCGAGACGAUCAGGGUGCAGCACCACCAGCAUCCCAGGCAGGGAGACACGUCCCUGGCCAAGUCGUCCGUGGUGCCGUCUGUGAUACCUGUCAUGGGCUAUACGACCACAACGGGGUAUCCAGCCAUGGAGAAUGGUGCUAUGUUUCCUGCCCCCAACGCCCCAUUCCCCACAUAUCAGCAAGGGCCGGACGGAAGCGUGUACGCCGUUCCGCCGAUGGUGUACGCUUAUCCGCCUCCUAUGGAGUCUGAGAUGUCCGGCUACUUCCUGCCCAUGUACGACCAGGCAGGCACACCGCGCGACUCUGGCCUGAUGCCGGCGCCAACGCCCACGGCCGCUCUCUACCAGCCGGCAGCGGCGGCCGCCGCCACAGUGGUUCCCAUGACGCCGUACGCCCCCACUGCCUACUCGAGCGGCCCGCUGUACACUCAGGGCCAGGUGGUCUACACGGCGGCCACGGAUCAGUUCGGCAGUCCGGCGGCAGCUGCGGCCACGCCCCAGUACCCAAUCCCUGCGUAUCCUACCAUGACGUAUCCGUAUCCCACGUACAACGGCACCACGACAUAUCAGGGCUACUGGGGCCAGCCGAUGGCCACGACGUACUACGUACCGCAGCCGCAGCUGGUGCCGCAUCCGGCACCUACGGUGAAUGGGGCCGCUGGGGGAAGUAGCAAGAGAGGUAGUCCGCCGCAGAAUGUCUCUCAGCAGAGCCAUGGGUCAAAUCCAUCCACGCCGCAAACGACAACGUUCAAUAAUCCCUUUGGAUCGGCGGGUGUUCCAGUCGCCACCGGCGAUCCGGCCACUAUGUACGCUUUACCACAACCUGUCUAUCCCAACAUGCUUCCAUACGCGUCGCCGGCGACUGUGCCUGGACCCGCUGGUGCGGCCGUUCCGCACUUGCCUCAUCAUCCUCAUGCUCAUCACGCGGGAACGGAUGGCGUGAAGAUAAGAUACGGCGUGAUGUCCUCGUCGCAGUCUCAGCCGGCACCGCAGGCGCAUCAGAACCCCACGCACUCGGAUUCCGCGCAGAACUCCUUCAAUGCUCAGAGCUCGGGAACGCCACAGUCGGCGCCAAGCACUCCACUAUCGCUGCCUCUGCCGCUUCCCACUGGACCCAUGACGAAGGGCGGUCCGCCCAUCUUCCCCACGCCUCCCAUCAUGACGAAUGGCUUCGGGCCACAAUUUCCCGGUGCCGUGGCGAGCGGAGAGAAUGGCUACACGAACAGCUAUGAGAGGAAGAACAGUGGCCAGCAGACGGGGCAUCUGCACUCGGGCCAGCAGAACGGUGGACGGACUCGCAAUGGGGCUCCGGGGAGACAGCAGAACUCCUUCGGCGGCAGUCACAUGUCACAGCAGUCGGGCGGUGCUCACUCAACGGGACCGAGGAAGAAUUUAUCUCAUGACAAUACUCAAGGCAGUGCCACUCAGACUCGACCCGUGAACUCGGGACCCUUCCAGAAGCCACGCAACUGUGGCGACACUGGCCCUGCGGGCAAGGGCCAGCCGCACGCCGUUCCGAUGGCCGCGGGUGGCAAUGGGAUGCAGCCGAUGAAUGCAGAGAAGGUGACAACACCGCGGGGACCACGUCCGAAGCCGGCGAAUCUCGAUCUCAGGCGCAGCAAUAGUCAGCGCAACACGCCGAGCACCAACUCGACGGAGAGCAACAACUCACCCAACAGUAUUGCCUCGAGCGAGCAGCAGCCUGUGUACAUGGCGAGGGGCACGCACAAUCCACCCAUGGCGCAUCAUCCGGCCACUGCCACGGCCACUGCGGUGGGAAUCGAUCCCACGGCGUGCCACCAGCCCCUCAUCGGUGCCGCAUACAAUCCAGCCGCGGGAAUGUACGUGAAAUUCGGCCAGACGUACUUCACACAUCCAACAAUGGGAUUGACAUCAAAUCGCCGCUCGCCACCGACAGACGUUCGUCCGCCGCCCCUGACACCCAUCGCGCCGGGGAUGUACCCCAUGAAUAUGAUGCUGCCAGCACCACGUCAUUUGGGGCCGCGUCCAACGCAUUCGGGUGGCUACAAGGGUGGCCACAAGGGUGGCCAUCCGCCAGCUGGAGUGGCAGCGUCCGCGACGCCCAGAUAAAUCGGGCAGUAGAGAAGUAGCGCGUGUGUCCGCGAGGUAGAGAGAAAGACAGACAGACAGAGAAGACGACGGGGUUUGAAUUGAGCGUUUCCAAUGUUCCAGGAUCUUCCGGCGAUGCGAAAGAUUGGGAAAUUGAGUGAAGAGAGCGAGAGAGAGAGAGAGAGAGAGAGUCGGGAUGAGAUGGUUUGGGGUGGUUGGGAGAGGGUGACAAAAGAUGCGUAGGUGGAGAGCGACAGAGUGUAGAAGAAGAGGGGAGUGAAGAGAUGGAAUAAUAAAUGAAAUGUGCAAGAGAUAAAAACGUGUGAGUGAGUCAAACUAUUUUUAAUAUAAUUAUUAUUAUUAUUAUUAUAUUACAAUAUGAUAAAGAAUAUAUAAAAUAUACACCUAUUAUAUGAUAAAUUAAAGAUCUACAAAAGAGUUAUUUAACAUGUAAGGCAGAGAAUAUUUCGAUAGAGAAGAAGGUGAAGAAGAUAUGAAACAACCGCCCGAUAAGACCACGAAUUACUGACAAAAUGGGAAUGUGUAGAGUGCGUUGGAGGAAUGGACACACGAGACAUGAUGAAGAUGUGCAGCGGAGCGAAUUAGUGUGCAGGAAAUGUGGGAGAAAGAAAGAGUGUGUGUGAAAGAGAAUAAGAAUGUACCGAAACUGUGAGAAUUUGCCAUAUUUACUUAAAAAAAAAAAACAA